CUGUGAGACGCGAUCGUAAAAAGUUUUCUUUCGGAUUUCGGAAAUUUUCAGGAUUUAUUAAGAUUUAUAUCAUGGAGCAAUUCGUUGCGAUUCUUUCAGAAGGCAAGACAGUCCCUUGUUUGGAAGAUCUUGGCACCUUUAAAACAGCUCAUGCAAGUAUUGCGUUGCUACAACGAGAGAAGACUUACGGAGUAAAAGCCGAUUUGGUUCUUCGCAAUCUUAUGUCGCUUGAAAGAAAAUAUUUCUUCGUCAUCCAACGCCAUUUAAUACUCGGCAAGUAAUUCAUCAGGGGCUUGGACAUAUGAUGCCAUUUUUAGAAGAAAUUGCAAACAUUUGCCUUGGACAUCCGAUCUUCGUGGAACACCACCAUUUAGUUUCAUUCAGCUGUACGAUUACCUUGUUAUUCGUACACUGAAAUUCAAACAUAUUUUGUUAAAGAGCACAUCCUAUAAGAAGCUUAAGGCCUUCCACUUUUUUAUGAAGGCUCUAAAAAAAUAUUGAAAUUGCCAAGUUUAUUCUUUUGAUGUGCGUGUAAAAGCUUCAAUUAAAAGAACUCUGUAUAAGACAAUUGUUCAAGUUUCAAAUUCUUCUGGUGUUGUUUGUUCUGCAGCUUGCACAUGUCCUGCUGGUAUUAGGUUGGGGGGUUUUGGUAAUUGUAAUCACAUUGGUAGGGUUCUAUUCGCUCUUGAAGAUUAAAACAUCAUAAAACAUUUUAUCCUCGAGAUUUGUUUCUCGAGUAUGGCGGUCAUGAAUUUCGCAGCUCCGUUCGCAAUUUGCAUUUUGCCUCAGUUUUGAGUAUGAAAAGUGAUUCCAGUAUCUACUACAUCCUUUGAGUUAAUGGUUUUGGAUUGAACACGACCUUCGAAACUGGUAACCAGGUUGUAGCUCAACUCGUUGAUGUUUACUCUGCAUAUAGUCUUUGGCAUUCCCACGCCAUGUUGGAUGGGCCUAAGCAUUCUCUUGCCAUUAAACCUCGACUUUGCAAUCGAAUGUUUCAUCUAAUUCUGUUACUUUGUGGUGACAUCCAUGUAAAUCCAGGAUCUAACUGGAAAUAUCCUCGUGGGGCAUGUAAAAAGCCAGUAAAAGCUAACAAGAUGGAAUACUAUGUGAUGACUGUGAGCUUUGGUUUCACGCAAAGUGUGUUCAUAUUGAUGAAAAUGAUUACAUUGCACUGAGUGAACCCAGCACAAACUGGUCUUGUUUACAGUGCAUCUUUCCAGGGACAGCAGAGGAAGCCUAAAUUUCGACGUGGCCUGAAAGUGGUGGCCUAAGUGUAAAGUGGGAUAUUCUAACGUCAAUCAUCUGUACAAUAAGCUUGAUAAGAAAAAGGAAAACUCUUGCUGAUCUCCAUUUUGAUUUUUUUGGUGUAUCUGAAACCUGGCUAACACCUGACAUUACUAACAACGAAAUCAAAAUCUCUGGAUAUACUGCAGUUCAAAGAGAUCGAAAAGAUCCUAAUCAAAAUAGGAUGAGGGGUUGGUAGUUUACGUCAGAAGUGAGUUAAAUGCGAGAAAAAGAACAGACCUAAUGGAGAAUAAGCAUACUGAAUGUAUCUGGAUCAAAAUAAAUCGACCGAAAUCUAAACCACUAAUCAUUGGAAUAUAGGCCACCUGAUGCCACACUUUACACUUACCUUUUUUAUUUUAAAGAUCAAUUACAAAAGAUAGAUCAUACAUAAACAGAAAUCACCAUAAUGGGUGAUUGUAAUGUGGACAUGCUCUCUAAGUCUGGGCCCAAGAUCAUGAGACAAUCUGUUCGCAAUUUUCUUUUGGCAAAGGACCUUGAGCAAGUGAUAAAAUUACCGACUAGGGUUUGUAAAAGUUCAAAAACUCUUGUUCAUCUUCUCUGUGAAAAUAACACACAUAGAGUUGUGCAAACUGGGGUUAUUUCAUCGUCCAUCAGUGGUCAUAGCAUUAUCAUGUGUGUGUUUAAAAGUGGCGUUCCUAAACUACCGUCUCGGGCAUAUGAAUCAAGGACUUUUAAGAACUUCGCAAAGGAGGAUUUCUUGAAAGAUUCAGCGAACAUUCCUUGGCAUGUUAUUGAUGGUGUUCAAUCCGUUGAUGAUGCUCUUUUCCUUUGGGAAAAAUUGUUCUGUGAAAUAGCGGAGGUGCACGAACCAACUGAAUAGAAAAGAGUCAAAGGACAAAAAGCACCUUAGGUCAACAAAGAGUUGUUGGGUGCUAGAAAUGAACGUGACUAUCACCAUCGUAAAGCAUGUAGUAUUUAUAGUGCAUAACAUUGAGAUAUGUACAAAAAGUUGCGCAACUAUGCUAACCGAGAGAACCGUCGAUUAAAAUCUGAAUACUUCAAAAGUUUGAUAGAAGAAAAUUAGUCUGACAGCUAAAGAAUGUGGAAAUGCCUUAAAGAUAUCCUGUCAGAUGAAAAAUCACCCGAUACUUUUGGACUCCAAGAAAAACAUUGUUAUAUCACUGAUCCUUCCAAAAUUGCAGAAGCUUUUAAUAAACAUUUUUCUAAAACUGGUAUAAAAUUAGCACGAGCACUCGAGUCGUAUUUAAUAUUGCAUUUAAUAUUGCACCGAGAACGACAGCCUCAUUCACUAUAAAGACUGUUUCUGUGGAAUUUGUCAAACAACAGCUACAGAGUUUAAAAACAAACAAGGCGGUAGGUCUUGAUAAGAUCAGUGCAAGGCUUCUAAAGGAUGGAGCAGAUGAUAUUGCUCCAGUACUGCAAAAGAUAUUAAACCUAUCGAUUGAACAGCAAUGUGUACCAAACAGUUGGACAUCAGCGAAAGUUAGAGCUCUACUCAAAAGUAGUGAUGACAAGGGUUGUGCUAACUAUAGGCCAAUCUCGAUAGUGCCUACUGCAAGCAAGAUACUAGAACGUGCUGUUCACUCACAGUUAUACAAUUUCUUAAAGGAAAAUGUCGUCCUUUAUCCAAGAAAAUGGUUUGCAGGUAAGGGUUUCCAGCACUCUUCAUCAACUGUACAUGCCCUUCUAAAAUUUUGUGAAGACAUUCUUGAAAAUAUGAAUAACUCCAACACGUAACAGGAGCUUGUUAUCUUGACUUAAAGAAGGCUUUCGACACUGUGGAGCAUUCUAUCCUGCUGAAAAAAUUAGCGGCUCAUGGUGUUGAUAAAAAGUCAGUGGGCUGGUUUACGGCUUAUCUCAGUAAUGCUAGUGUUAGGAAUUUUAUUUCCAAACCAAGCCAUGUUUUUAUAGGAGUGCCCCAGGGAUCAGUGCUGGGACCGCUCUUGUUUUUAAUCUACAUAAAUGACUUUCCGGAUCGACUCCAAAAUACCAGAUCAGUUCAUACAACAGCUCCUGGUGCUGAUCAGUGAUCACCUUACAGUAGCAUUAAAUGAAGAUCGAAAUAAUGUGAGGAACUGGCUUGUGAAUAACAAAUUAACCCUCAACAUUGGCAAGUCAAAAUAUAUGCUGAUUGGAGGAAAAAAGCGAGUCAAAGAUUUUGGAAAUGUUGGGAACUUUAUUUCCAAACCAAGCUAUGUUUUUAUAGGAGUGCCCCAGGGAUCAGUGCUGGGACCGCUCUUGUUUUUUAUCUACAUAAAUGACUUUCCAGAUCGACUCCAAAAUACCAGAUCAGUUCAUAAAACAGCUCCUAGUGCUGAUCAGUGAUCAUCUUACAGUAGCAUUAAAUGAAGAUCUAAAUAAUGUAAGGAACUGGCUUGUGGGUAACAGAUUAACCCUCAACAUUGGCAAGUCAAAAUAUAUGCUGAUUGGAGGGAAAAAGCGAGUCAAAGAUUUUGGAAAUGUAGCGCUGAGCAAUGAAGGCAAGGAAUUAGAAAAAGUCAGCAACUACAAAUACCUGGGAGUUACCAUCAGUGAAAAUCUCUCUUGGAUGGAUCAUUUAGAGUCGGUUUCCAGAAAAGUUUCGCAAAGAAUAGGUGUCCUGAGACGAAUAAGGCAGCUACUACCAAGAGCUCAAAGAGAGACGGUGUACAACUCAAUGAUACUACCUCUAUUUGUUUAUGCUGACAUUGUAUGAGAAACCAUGACAAUAAAGUAUCAAUGAAGUCGCUUCAGAUUCUACAGAAUAAGGCUGCAAAAGUCAUACUUUCCAAACAGUUUUUCAAAUCAUUCUAUCGUUUCAUGAAAAACAAGAGUCUCAAACACGAGCCCUGCGGAAACCCUUUUGGUCAGAUAAGAAGUGAACCUGCUCUGGAAAACAGAUUAUUCGUGAAUUACGCCAUCUACUUUGAUGUUACCGAAUGUUUUUAACAAUGCUUGAUAUGCUUCAUAAAUUUUUUAUUUGAACAAAACAAUAAUUUUCUCUUGCGUUUUCCAAGAAAUUAUACAUUUUUGUACGAUAGAGAAAGAAAAAUGUUUUCGCAAUUCUAGUUCAACUUUUGUAAAAAGAGUACUUCUUAUGCUAAACUUAGAAAUUUGGGAUCGUUAAAGGCAGUACGUCGCGCCGUUCAUUGGUUUAUGGAAACAAAGAGCAACAUUUCAGUGAGUUUUCAUUUCGUAACAAAGGACGCUUAAUGAUGCUAACGAUGAGUUGUUCUAAUUUGCCAUGCUUCUCUAAUUUCGAGGACCCUCGAAAUUGAACAAAGUGAACAGCACGACACACUGCCUUUGAGUGAAUUUGUCACGAAGGUUUUCGUGACAGAGGUCAUGUAAAAAUUUGUAUGUCAUGACCACCUUGUCUAACUAGAAUAGAAAGAGACCUUACAGAAAGCCAAGUACAGAGCCAACCAUCUUUGUGCUUCCUCGUUAAAUCUAUUUGCCCUUGUGCGCAAUUGGUUUAACUUGGUUAGUCUAUCUGCCAUCUCACUUCAGAAAAUCGAGGGGAGCCAGGGACAGACUGACAAAAUAGCUAUUAAGAUUCCUGCAAUAGAGUUAGCUUAUGCAAGACAGUGAAAUAAGGUAGCAAGAGAAAAUAGGAACUCUGUCCGGGAUUAUUAAAAAAAUGUGAUAGAAAAAUACUUGGGAUCCAGAGAAAAUGUGGAAAUCAAUGAGAGCAGUAUUGGACUAAGAAGUCAAAUCUACACCGUUUCUCAGCAUUAAAAUUAACGACAAACAUUUGGCAAAAAAUGAGAUUCUUGCAGCCUUAAAUUGCCACUUAAUAUCUGUUGGGCUAAGCCUAGAUAAAAACAUUGAACGGAGACCAGACCAAAUUUGCUUAAAGAACAUCACGCCAGAAAACGAUGAAUUAUGGUAUAAAACAGAAGUCUUAAGAAUGGGAAAGCUUUUCGAAAGUUAUACUACACUACAACAUCACUAAAUGCAGCAUAGACUUCUGACACGAAAGCAUAGACAGUAGCUACGUCAAUCUUACUAUAUUUCUAAAUCUCAAAAAGGCUUUGACAAAGUCUAUCAUAACAUAUUGGUAAAAGAAAUAUGUACUUAUAGAAUCAAGGGAAGAUCUGGAGUAAAAGACAACAGAUUUGCACUUUGAAUGGUCAGAAUUCGAUUUCAAGAGAAGAGGUUUCUGGAAUUCCUCAAAGUUCCUGUCUGGGCCCCUUCCUUUUUAUUAUCUACUUAAAAUGCUUAAAUUUUCCAAGACAAGCAUCUACGUUGACGAUGCUAAUAUCUAUCUUCCAGGAUGAGGGUAAAUAAGGUCAGCCUGAAUCCGAAUUUAUGGUCAUAGGGCAUUCACUCAAGGCAAACAAGCUGAACUUUCUAGAAAUGCUAAAAUCAAAUAACUGCGACAUUGAGGGAUUUUAUAAAGCUAAAUCCCUCAGCAUUAUUGUAGACGAGCUAGCAAUUGCCACGUAUCUAAAGCAGGUCUAUUAUACAUUAAUCGAGAGUCACCUGCGCUACGCCAAUGUAGUAUGCAAGAGUUUAUCGAGAGAACAACUAGUUUUCUCCACCACCAACAAAAGAAGCUCCUACAAUGCCUGCCAAAAGUACUUGGAACACCCAGCAGUUUACGCUGCAUUUGAUAUCUUUCAUUCCUUUCAUGAAAAAAAUUGCUACUUCCGCCCCCUUCCCCCUAAAACAAUGUUGAGGAAUUAGAGAAAUAUCAUAAAAGAAGCACAAAAGAAAGUGCUUCUUAAAAUCCUAACCAGUUUUAUAGUAAACCAACAUUGUUCUGUAGGGGAGAGGGGGAUGAUUGAUUUUGACCUUGGAAAUUGAUGUCAGUGUUCCAAGACUUUUGGCAGGCAUUGUAGUUAAUAAUUUUAGAACGCAAGAAUUAAGAAUUAAGUUUAGAAAAUCUUCUCCGAUAUGAAAGGGAUGUCCUAGCCUAUAAGAAUGUGAAAAAAAUUUUUCCUGAAAGCUUAUGGGACAAAUACGAAACGAUAUCUUUGCAAUGGACGUAUAUCACAAAGCAAUGCGAAGAUCGUUGGACCCCUAGAUUCUGGACAGAAUUUCUAACGAUAUCUUUCACUAUACAACAUCCAAAGAAUUGAUACUCGUGCCGAAGUUCGCGAACUAUUGACGCUAAUUCGUUUCCAAAAACGACCUAAAACACAUCUACAAAGCAAAAAUACAUUUCCCAGGAAGAACAGCAAACUGAUUUUUAAAAGGUUUCUUAUUAUAGUGCCGUCGAAACAAAAUUAAUAUUGGGGAGAAGGGGCCACCCGUUGUUUUGCUCCCAUUCAUUAUACUGUUAUUUUCAUUUUUUGCAUUAAUAAUGAUCCUCCCAGUACUUCCAGUUAAGAGUUAUUUUAUUUCCUUGACCCAUUGUUACAACUUUUGUUCAUGGCCGAUAAUCAAUUGUUUCUAUUUUAACCUAGACUUUUUUUAUUUGCAUUAGAAAUAUUUUCAAGCCAAUUUUUGAGGUCUUUGAGAAGGUAAUGCAGGUUUUCAAAGGCUCUGUUUAUACUCGUGUCAUUGGCAUCUAUUCUUAGGAUCGUACAUUUCAAAUUAAUUUCAAAUAUAUGAUGAAAAUUAAAGGCCCCCAACAGGAGCCCUGAGGAACACCAAAUACUACAUAUUUACAAAAUACCUCAAGUUUUGCAAAAUCAGUUGAAUCUGUUCAAAAUGGACUGAGAUAUGGUCAAUGAAAGAAAUAAGCUUUUCUAUUAGUUACUGAUGUUUUGCCUGGUUCAAAAUCUUUAAAAUUUAGAGGCAUUUGUAGUGAUAUUUCACGUUAUGGGGUCAGAAUUCCAAAAUAUAAAACUGAAUUUUUUAAUAGCAUCACUUUGUCACUCUACACUGCUUUGCAGUUUGCCUCGUAGCACACAUGAUGCUUAACAGCCACCACAUCCAAGAUAAAAUUCAAGUUGGAAAAACCUAUGGCCCCGCAGAUGUUUUCGGCCCUAGGCCCAGCAUUCUCUAAAACCGCCGCUGAUUUUGAGAGAUCAUACAGAUUGGAAGAACAUUUUGUUAUUCACGCAUUAUUCACUGUAAUGCAACUUUGUCCUUGUUGUUACAGGAGCAACAGAGUUGCUAGGCUCGCCUUUUAAAACUAUAGACAAAAUAUGUUUCGAAAUUGAUGUCUAGCGGGUUAUGGCGUAAGAAGUAGAGCACCAAAAGUGGGGUUUGAUUAUCUUAUCGUUGUCACAUCAAUUAUUAAAUGUUGAAUUUAUAUUACACGAGCAAGCGUGACAUUUGGUAAAGUUCGGCAACACACCAACGUAGAGUUUCAAAUCAAUUCAUAAUCAAGUAGCGAGAUUCAAAUUCAGAAAUUCAAAAUGAAAGAGGCCUUUACAACAUGCCAAACUCUAUUUGUCUUACUGAUGACCAGCAGAUGUCUUUGCUUAACAAGACUUCCGUGCAAAUUCUACGCUGACUUCAGCAUUAUCCUGAACAAUACUGCUGACACAGGGACAGUCAUGAAAACAAUUUCUUCAAGGACUGUGCGACAGUGCACCCUCGAAUGUCUUUCUUGGCCUAAGUGUCUCUCUCUGAAUUACAAUCGUGGGACGAUGACUUGUGAGCUACUGGAAAGAAGGUUCAACGAGAGCGUUCCAUUGUUGACGGAAAGGAAGGGGCAGGUGUACAUGACAACAGACGAUGGGAAAAUAAAUAAUGGACCUGUUUGUCAAAUCAAAUCUCCUUGCGAAAAUGGUGCGAAGUGCAAAGAUACAUGUGAUGAAAAGGGAUACAAGUGCAUAUGCGCCCCACUUUACUACGGAACACAUUGUGACAAGUUGAAACAAGAUUGUGGAGACGUGAGAAAGUCUGGAGAAACGGUUAGCGGAGUCUACGAAAUUAAACCGGAUCACAAUUGGAAAGCCAACGUCUUUUGUGACUUUGUAUAUGGCAGUCAAGAUUGGAUCGUCUUUCAAAGAAGAAUAGAUGCCAGUGUCGACUUUUAUCGAAACUGGGCGUCAUACAAAAAUGGAUUUGGGGAUACGAAUGGAAAUUUUUGGAUUGGACUUGAUACGUUGCACAGACUGGCUGCUCCAGGGAGAGGGGCUAUUCUACGGAUUGACAUGAAACACCACAACAGUCCAACAACUCAGUAUUAUGCAGAGUAUUCUUCAUUUGAAGUUGGUGACGAAGCAUCUGGUUACAAACUGCUUUCACGUGGAUACUCAGGUAAUGCCGGUGACUCCAUGGCGUUUCAUGAUGGCAUGAAAUUCACAACAUAUGAUCGAGACAACGAUAAAAGUAGGGAGAACUGUGCCAACAACUUUAAAGGAGCCUGGUGGUACAAAUCAUGUCAACAUGCAAGCUUAAAUGGACUCUUCCCAACAACAAGCACAACAAGUCCAACAUACAUGGGUUGGCUUGGAAUUGAUGGAAAGCAUGGCAAUGUAAUGUUUUCAGAAAUGAAGCUGAAAUAUCACAGGGGAACUCGAUAAGACGAGGGAAUCCAUAAAUUGGAAGAUUAUAGAGACUUGACUUGGUGAGGUGAUUUUUUAGUUGAUGACAAAAGGAUUUUUAGUUAAUACUUUAACGAAAAUUGCUUUGAAGAUGAUCUUGCACCUAUAUGUGUAUUUAUCGUUUAUUCAUCAAUCAAUUAUAAAAAAAUAAACUUUAUUUGCAAAUACAAUUUGCCAUUUGAUAAGCUAUUAAUGGUACUGGAUUAGGUAAAGUUGCAUCAGGUGCUAUUAGACAAGCACCUAACCAACUAUCGGAAAAUUCUCGUCAACUUAUCUGGGCCUUUUUCAAGAUUGGGCCUAAAGCUGUAGCACCGCACCAAAACU